GAGGAGGAGGCGGCGGCAGGAGAGCAGGAGGCGGUGGCUGCUGCGCGCUGCAGUCGGACCGCCGGGCGGCCGGGGGACAUGCACCCCGUGCCGGCCCCUUGCUGGCGGCCAUGAAGCGGCAGAACGUGCGGACCCUGUCCCUCAUCAUCUGCACCUUCACUUACCUUCUGGUGGGCGCCGCUGUCUUCGACGCCCUGGAGUCCGACCACGAGAUGCGUGAGGAGGAGAAACUCAAAGCCGAGGAGAUCCGGAUUAAGGGAAAGUACAACAUCACUAGCGAGGACUACCUCCAGCUGGAGCUGGUCAUCAUGCAGUCGGAGCCCCAUCGCGCUGGGGUUCAGUGGAAAUUCGCCGGAUCCUUCUACUUUGCGAUCACGGUGAUCACCACGAUAGGUUAUGGCCACGCAGCUCCCGGGACGGAUGCAGGCAAAGCCUUCUGCAUGUUCUACGCCGUGCUGGGCAUUCCACUGACCCUGGUCAUGUUCCAGAGCCUGGGGGAGCGGAUGAACACCUUUGUUAAAUACUUGCUGAAGAGGAUUAAGAAGUGCUGCGGGAUGCGGAGCACCGAGGUGUCCAUGGAGAACAUGGUCACUGUGGGCUUCUUCUCCUGCAUGGGGACCCUGUGCAUCGGGGCUGCUGCCUUCUCCCAGUACGAGGAGUGGAGUUUCUUCCACGCCUAUUACUACUGCUUCAUUACCUUGACUACCAUAGGGUUUGGGGACUACGUGGCCCUGCAGACCAAGGGGGCCCUCCAGAAGAAGCCGCUCUAUGUGGCUUUCAGUUUCAUGUACAUCCUGGUGGGGUUGACCGUUAUAGGGGCCUUCCUCAACCUGGUUGUCCUCAGGUUCUUGACCAUGAACAGCGAGGACGAGCGGCGGGAUGCCGAGGAACGGGCCUCGCUGGCGGGCAAUCGCAACAGCAUGGUCCUCCACAUCCAGGAGGAAGCCCAGCAUGGCCGGCCGCGGUACAAGGCUGAGGUCACAGACCUCCAGUCCGUCUGCUCGUGCAUGUGCUACCGAUCCCAGGAGUAUACCAGCCGGAUGGUGUCCCACCAAAAUUCUUUCAGCACCAAGCUGAACCCCCAGUACUUUCAUUCCAUCUCCUACAAGAUUGAAGAAAUUUCUCCAAGCACAUUAAAAAACAGCCUUUUCCCUUCUCCUGUUAGCUCCAUCUCCCCUGGCCUACACAGCUUUACUGAUAACUACAGGCUGAUGAGACGGCGGAAGUCCAUUUAGGAUUUUUUUUUUAAAAGAAAGAAAAAAAAGUCAUUUGUCUUCUCUGGCUUUACUUUCCAUGGGUCCAUCUCUUUUUCCCCUGUUGUUUUUUUCCCCUCGUUCAUUGUUUACUUUCCCAUUCCUUUGUUCUUGCUACCCUUUCUUCCUAAUCUCCCAAGAGAGAUGGAGUAGGGCCAAAGGGGGAAGAAAUAGCCAGCCCUUCAUUGAGACUCAGAACUGCGCAUGAAGCAUGAACCCUUCCCAGCAAAGUUUGCCUUACAUUUCUGCUCCCUCCUUCACCCCCAACCCUUCACUUUCCCUGACCCUUAACUCUCCCCUUAUCGGAAUGUGAGGUGACUCGAGGUGGAGCUGAGUGGGUACCAAAAUCCAAAGAUGCACACCAAGCUUAGAGAGCCUUCUGGCACCCCAGGGUGCCUCUGACCUAACUCAUGGCUUCUUUUUCCUCCUCAAGGAGCAGGUCAUUGCAUAUGUGUGUGCAUGCGUGUGUGUGCGCAUACGGGGCAAGUGUGCGGUGUGUGUGCAGUAAGUUCCACAAAAAACAAAACAAAACAAAAAACAUAAGCAUCAGGUAUUCAUUUUUUUCCUUCAAGAUAUAGUAUUAAAAGACCCAAUUUCAACUUUUUGACUCCUUCCACGUGGAAAGAAGGAAAAACGAAACAACCAAAAGGGGUUUUAUAUAAUGAUUUUGCCAAAAUGAAGCAUGUGCAGUGAGCAGUCUAUAGGUCUAUAGCCCAAGUGCAUCAUGGUCAUUUCCUUUACUUCCAAGUUCUAAAUUGUAUUAACAUUCUUUUCUUUACAGGGGGAGAUGGGUGGGGGAAGAAAAAGAAGGAUCAUUUUAGCUUGCCAAUUCAAAAUUUUUUAAAAAGCAUGCACUUUGUAAAACUGGUAUGCAUUAUAAACACAGGAGAAAACAACAACAAACAAUGGAACCAAUAAUCAAAAGCAAAUACUCUCAUUAAUUUAUUAAAUGGCAUUUUAUUUUUGUCAUUUCCUCUAGUUCCAACAAUUUACCAAGCAGCUGAAAUGUCAGGGAAAACUGGAAAAUUGUUGGAGCCAUAAAAUGGCAAUUUUGUUCUUUUCCUCUUAUUUAUACAAUUAUUAUUAAUUAUUAUUAUUUCUAUGCAGCAUCUAUCUGCAUGAAUAGGAAUUAUCUUUUUGGAAUGCUUGAAUAAGGAUGGGUAUGAAUAGGUGGGUACCUUUUUUUCUCCCUCAAUAAAAUGUGACAGGGCAUUCCUUUUUUUUUUUUAAUACAACAACAACAACAACAACAAAAUUCUUUAAAUGCUUUUGAUUGGUAAAUAAGGGGAUGCUCAUGCUAGUCUCAGGAAAAAUUUCAAGGGAAAGUAUCUUGUGUGUUGGUCUACAGGGAAUUUGCAAUCCUUCUGAAGAGUUAGACUUAAAAAUGCUGGUCUUUUAGCAUUGGGAGAUGAUAGAUAUCGACUCAUUGAGAAAAAACAAAACAAAACAAAACAUCAUCCUAUGGUCUAAAUUUCACAUUCUUUUCUCUCUUCCUCCUCUCCCCUCAAAUCUACCCCUGCUAUAGUAGCUACACUACCAUGGACUUUUAGAGAUUGUCCUAUUUUUAUGAAAGAGAAAAAGGUUGUUUUGAUGAGCUUUCUAGCAAGAUUUUUGUUAGGUCUGAUUGAGCAUCCCAGAUUUUGGGGCCAGAAAAUAUUGCUGCCAUACCUAGAGAUGACAGCUUGAUCUCAGAGCUAAUUAAGUGAAUUUAAGUUUCUCCUUUUCUGUUUCAAAAAUUAUUUUGGAAUCAUCUUUCUGGCCUCAAGACCUCUAGCCCUAGGCCUCCUGUGUUGCAUGCUCUAGUAUCCAAGCAAUAACCUCCUUGGGUGUUUAUUCCAGUGUACCACAUGGAAAGGGGCCUGGAUGGGAUAGCCAUUGCAGAGGCCUUGGUCUUGGUGAGCUCUGUAGAGAAGGAGGAUAGGAUUCCCACUGAAAAGCCUUGAAAAGAGUUGACCCAAUGAGAUUAGAAACCAACCAACUUCUCCCCAAAAUCACUGAACCCAAGAAGGAAGGUCAUUUAACCAGAAGGGGGGAGGGAGAAUGUCAGCACAGUUGCUGAUGCUUCACUCGUUUGGGCUUCUGUAAAAUAGUGGAAUUGGCUAAAUUAAUCUCUAAAUUCCCUUCCAGCCCUAUAUCCUUGGAGUCGUAUUUUCCUUAGGCUGAAAAUGCCCCUUCUGCCCUAAGACAGAAAGAACAGGACUCUAGCUGCCCAGCCAGCCAACUGAGCUAUCUCCUUUAACCUUUCCUCUGUCUCUGGCAGUUGGGCUCCUUUGGGAAAAAAUGCACCCACAA